GUGCGUGAUCGAAAAGAUACCUGGUGUGUGCGCGCAUUAGGUUUCAACCGGUAAUAGAAUUACUUUCUUUUCCCGAGCGAACUGAUUUCUGUUCUGAUUGUGUUCAGUACACCGUACGAUGUCUCUUGGCAGACAACUUAGGCAGAAGCGUUUGCCAUUAGAAAGUGCUUUUGGAACCCGAAGCAUGGAUUUUCUAAAUUUAAACUUUCGUUCUCUCAAAUUGGAGGAUGUGAAAUCGUCGAAGGAAAACUUGCGGCAGGUCGAACGUGAGAAUUUUGUGGAGAGAAACGACCGCGUCGAAGAACAAAGGUGUAGGGCAAAGUCGGGCAAGGAAAAAUCGCACGACAAACUCCGAACGAUUCACUUACAUGAGGUUGCUUGGCACGACGCACUUGACAAUUGCUGGCUGGUGAUCCACGAUUACGUAUACGAUUGCACCGACUUUCUAAAGAGUCAUUCGGGUGGCCAAGAUGUUAUCUUGGAAUAUGCUGGACGAGACGCGACUUUGGCAUUUAUCGGCAUCGGACAUUCCACCAUCGCUAGAAAAACUUUAGACCAGUAUAAAAUUGGUGAACUUCCGCCGGAGGAGAGAAUCUUUCGCGUACCCGACGGCGUUAAAAUCUCGGGAUUUUGAUCUAUAUACUUGAGAUUAUUAAAUUGUGUCAUCGUUAUCAUGGCCAUUUUUACACAUUCAGGUAAAUAUUAUAUUGAUAUUAGAUAUUUUAUUUUGCUAACGAAAACUGGCAUAAUUAAUAUUUUCAAAUAUUGAACUCACUCGAAGAAAAGUAGAACAAUAAUGGAACAACGCAGGACACAAGAUAUUUUAUAUUGAAUAUAUUAUAUAUUUCUUGAUCAUCUAACACACUUCUAAUACACAACAUACAGUGUGAGAUGAUAGCGAUGUAGCUCGAUUUAUUAUACGCUAUCGAUAAACUUAUUGUUUCUAAUCGAAAGACGAGAGUGUUUUUUUUUAGUAAUUUAAUUAACAUUAUUCAAUUUCUGCAUCAAUUUUAGAUUUAUCUAAAAUUAAAUAUGCAAUAUACACACGUAGCAUUACUCUUGGUCACACAUAUUUACAUUUCAUUAAUUAUAAAAACAUACAUACAUUAUAAAAUGUAAAUAUUUUGCAAUGUGAAAAGAGAAAAAAAGAACAAAUGUAUACUUGAUAUGACUGAAAUUAUUAUGUCUUGUGGCAAGGAGAUUGAUUUUCCACGUUUUAAAAAGGUCUCAGCGAUAAAAAAUCAUUAGAAAGUCAAUAGAAAAAUUUUGGGAAUGUUUUCAUGUAUUGAAUUGGUUCUAUGUUUAUACUAUUGAGUUUAUGAAUAAAGAUACGCGCAAA